CGGUGGCGACGGGGCUCGCGGCGCGCUGACCGCAGGCGCCCCGGCCCGGCGGCCUGGAGGCCGCGACAGGCGGAGGCCCGGCCGCCCUCCCGCUCUGCGGGCGCCGAGGGGACGAGGCGGACGCCGGGGAGCCCCGCCCGGCCAGCGAGAAGGUGGGGGAGGCUCCGCGCGCCGCCGGCCCCUCCGCCGCCGCCGCCCUGCUGGCCCUGCAGCCGCCGCUGCCGCCGCCGCCUCGGGCUCCCGCCGCGGGCUCGGCGGCCCCGGCCGGGGAGGGAGGGCGGCGGGCGCCGCCGGAGCCGCCGGACAUGGCUGGAGGGCACUGCGGCAGCUUUACCGCGGCGGCGGCCGGCAGCGGCGAGAUUGUGCAGCUGAACGUGGGGGGGACCAGAUUUAGUACCUCAAGACAAACACUUAUGUGGAUUCCAGAUUCUUUUUUUUCCAGUUUGCUGAGUGGAAGAAUUUCAACACUUCGAGAUGAAACCGGUGCUAUAUUUAUUGAUAGAGAUCCAGCAGCAUUUGCACCCAUUUUAAAUUUUCUUCGGACAAAAGAACUAGACUUAAGGGGAGUGAGUAUUAAUGUUCUCCGACAUGAAGCUGAAUUUUAUGGAAUCACUCCACUAGUAAGAAGGCUUCUCUUAUGUGAAGAGCUGGAGCGUUCGUCUUGCGGCAGCGUCCUUUUCCAUGGUUACUUGCCUCCACCAGGUAUUCCUAGUCGUAAAAUAAACAACACUACUAGAUCCUCAGCUGAUUCUAGAAAUGGACUAAAUUUUACAGAAGGUGAAGCUCGAGGAAAUGGUACUCAGCCUGUUCUUUCUGGAACUGGAGAAGAAACUGUUAGGCUAGGGUUUCCUGUGGACCCACGGAAGGUGCUAAUAGUAGCUGGCCAUCACAACUGGAUCGUAGCUGCAUAUGCCCAUUUCGCUGUGUGUUACAGAAUCAAAGAAUCAUCAGGAUGGCAACAAGUGUUUACAAGCCCAUAUUUGGACUGGACUAUAGAACGAGUAGCUUUAAAUGCAAAAGUGGUCGGGGGUCCACACGGGGACAAGGACAAAAUGGUGGCUGUUGCCUCAGAGAGUAGCAUCAUCUUAUGGAGUGUCCAAGACGGAGGAAGUGGAAGCGAAAUCGGAGUGUUCAGCCUUGGUGUUCCUGUCGAUGCUCUCUUCUUUAUUGGUAACCAGUUGGUGGCCACGAGUCAUACAGGGAAAGUGGGAGUGUGGAACGCUGUCACCCAGCACUGGCAGGUUCAAGACGUUGUUCCUAUAACUAGCUACGACACUGCCGGCUCCUUCCUUCUGCUGGGAUGUAACAAUGGAUCAAUAUAUUACAUAGAUAUGCAGAAGUUCCCUUUGCGAAUGAAGGAUAAUGAUCUUCUUGUAACUGAACUUUAUCAUGAUUCCUCAAAUGAUGCUAUUACUGCUCUGAGUGUUUACCUCACACCCAAAACAAGUGUCAGUGGUAACUGGAUCGAGAUUGCCUAUGGUACGAGCUCUGGGGCGGUGCGCGUCAUCGUGCAGCACCCAGAGACGGUCGGGUCAGGCCCGCAGCUUUUCCAGACCUUCACUGUUCACCGAAGCCCCGUCACAAAGAUCAUGCUGUCAGAGAAGCAUCUGGUAUCAGUUUGUGCAGACAAUAAUCAUGUCCGAACGUGGACAGUGACACGGUUCAGAGGAAUGAUCUCUACUCAGCCGGGUUCUACUCCUUUAGCAUCGUUCAAGAUCCUGUCUCUGGAGGAAACAGAAAGCCACGGAAGCUACUCCUCUGGGAAUGACAUAGGACCUUUUGGAGAGCGAGAUGAUCAACAGGUGUUUAUCCAGAAAGUUGUUCCCAUCACUAAUAAACUGUUUGUAAGACUGUCAUCUACUGGGAAAAGAAUCUGCGAAAUCCAAGCUGUUGACUGCACUACAAUAUCCUCAUUUACAGUCAGAGAAUGUGAGGGUUCCAGCAGGAUGGGCUCGAGGCCAAGGCGGUACUUGUUCACAGGCCACACAAACGGCAGCAUUCAGAUGUGGGAUCUGACCACUGCCAUGGAUAUGGUCAACAAAAGUGAGGAUAAGGACGUAGGUGGUCCAACUGAAGAAGAACUACUCAAAUUACUGGAUCAGUGUGACCUGAGCACGUCUCGCUGCGCUACUCCUAACAUCAGUCCAGCAACUUCUGUGGUUCAGCAUAGCCGUCUUCGCGAAUCAAAUUCUAGUCUUCAGCUCCAGCACCAUGAAACCAUCCACGAAGCAGCUACUUAUGGUUCUAUUAGGCCUUACAGAGAAAGUCCUUUGUUAGCAAGAGCAAGGAGGACUGAGAGCUUUCACAGUUAUAGGGACUUCCAGACUGUGAACUUGAACAGAAACAUAGAAAGAGCUGUCCCUGAAAAUGGUAACUUGGGUCCAAUACAAGCCGAAGUUAAGAGGGCAGCAGGGGAAUGUAAUGUGUCUGAGAGGAAGUCUCCCGGAACAGAAGUUAAAAGCUUGAGAGAAUCAGAUAGUGUAGUGGAAGUUCAUAGACUAGCUGAAGGUUUUCUGGAAUCCAAGAAAAGGUCAUCAGAAGAUGAAAAUGAAAAUAAAGUGGAGUCACGGAAGAAAGGAGGGUUUGAAGGAGGAGGCUUCCUCGGAAGAAAGAAAGUCCCUCACCUGGCGUCUUCACCAAGUACGUCUGAUGGGGGGACUGACUCACCCGGUACCGCAUCCCCGUCUCCUACAAAGACUGCUCCCUCUCCUCGGCACAAAAAAAGUGAUUCUUCAGGUCAGGAGUACAGCUUGUGACACUCAACAGAGUGAGUAGUUUUGUUAUUCAGAAGAGAGUUAAACUCUACUGGAUUUCAAUUAGCUAUUACACCAAAACUUUACAAAUUUGGACUUCAUUUAGUAUCUUUUUGACAGAAUUACCUGGGUUAAGGAGAUAAAGUAACCAUAUCUCAUCAGACCUCUUGGAAAAUUUUUUUAGUUUUACAGGCACAUUUAAUAGAUCAUUUGUAAAGAAGUCCAUUUCCAUGUUUAUCUACUCUGGAUUUUGGAAGCAUAGUAUUAAUACCGUGUCUCAAUAAGAUGGUGCCCGGUAUAGAUGACCAUCCCCUCAGAGUGCGGGAAUCAACAGACUGCACUCCUUAUGCUGAUUUUGCCUGAGCUUCGUCUUGCAAUGUUAUGUUAAACGGGUUCCAUGAUUCUCUUUGGAGCUUAAUCUCCCAACCCUUACUGUGACUGCAGAGUGGUUUACCAGGUAUUUCAUGAGGUGCUAUGUUUGUGAAAAAAUAUGUAACUCAAAAACACUAUUGAAUACCAGAUUGCUCUGUGUAGUACUAAGUUCUUUAGGAUAAUUUUAAUUGUGGUCAUUUUCUGAUUCUCACUGUUGGAGUUCUUAAGUCUUAGCAAGCAUCACCAAUAUUAAAUGUCAAAAGUCCAUUUAAACUUUUUUUAAAGUUGGAGCAACUGUUUGAACAGAUGAAAUAAAGACAGUUUUGAGUGCCCAGAAAGGAAAACUACCAGUUACUAGUUUGCCUUGUUUGAGGAGCCACCAUAUUUUUUUCUUGUGUUAAUAAUGAAGAUAAUUAAAUUAGAAUGUGGCCAUUUUGUUAAACUUAAGAGACUGCACUUCUGAAUUUUUGGUUAAAGGUUUUGGCUGCUAUAGAAAUUUUAUUUUAAAUAUAAGAACAAAAAUCUUUUGUACUUUGAUUUAAUUGGAAUGAUUUUCAAAUUAUUUCUGCAAGUAAGGUAAUUGUAAAUUUAAAGCAUUAAGCAUUUAUUGAUGAAUAAUGUGUAUAUUCCCAUUCUGAGAAAUAUAAGUGGGUCAAGUCAAAAUAAAUUCUUUAAAGUUUAUAUUACAUUGCCAGUGGUUUCAUAGACAUUCUCUUGUAUUUGUCAAGUAAGGCAAAUAAAAAUGAUUAAGACUAGGUGUUUUCAGUUAUUUAAGAAAUAGUAAUCCUGUUUAAAGUGUACUUAGGUUUUGUUCAUGUCUUUGCUUCCUCGCAUAAUAAAGGGAAGAGGGAGGAUCUUAUAUGUAUGAAGACUAACUUGUAUUGUCAGGGAAAAAGUUAUACAAAGCAUAAUUUCAGUAUUACCAAGGAUUGUAUUUAUCUCUUAAACCUUUUUCUCAUUAUUAUACUCAUGUAAAAAGUUGGGUGGGCAAGUAAGAAAACUAAAAAUUAAAUAUUUACCCAGCCUUUUCCAAGAGUAAAA